AUGGCAGAGAAUAUAAAAGAAGAAGUUUUCAUUAAGGAAGAACUUGUUCCAUCUUUUAGCUUAGAGGAAACAAGUACUUGGGAUGUGCAGAAAGAAGAUGUCAAGAUGGAAAAUACAGAUAAUAAAGAUAAUACUGGUGGUAAAACAAAACAAGAAAUAAUGUUGGAGAAGCUUGUGAUGAAAGAAGAAACUUUUUCCAUCAAGGAAGAAAUUCUUCCAGGAUCUACUGUAGAAGAUACUUGUACAGUUUAUGUACAAGGCGAGAGAAUUAAAAGAGAAAUUUCAGAUAUUAAAAAUGAAAGUAUUAAUGACAAAGAAGAUCCUCAUUUCACUGAACCAAAGAGAUGCAAGAAGAGUAAACUGGGAAAACAAACAUAUCCCUGUGAGAAAUGUGAUUAUGUGGCAGCCAGCGCUAAAAAUCUCAAGAGACAUGUGCACAGUAUGCAUGAAGGAGUGAUAUAUCCUUGUGAUCAGUGUGAAUACUCUGCCACUACAACAGGUUCUCUGAAAAAGCAUAUUGAAAAUAAACAUGAAGGUGUUAGAUACACUUGUGUCCAGUGUGUAUAUGCUGCCACUACAGCAGAAUAUCUGAGGAAACAUAUUAAAAAUAAACAUGAAGAUGUAAGAUAUCCCUGUGAUCAGUGUAAAUACUGUGCCACUACAGCAGGUACUUUGAAGAGACAUUUUGAAAAUAAACAUGAAGGAGUGAGAUAUCCCUGUGACCAGUGUGAAUACGUUGCUACUACAGUUGGAAGUUUAAAAAGACAUAUUAAAUAUAAACAUGAAGGAGUGAGAUAUUUCUGUGGUCAGUGCGAUUAUGCCGCUACAACAAAAGAUGGUCUUAAGAAACAUAUUGAAUAUAAACAUGAAGGAGUGAGAUAUCCAUGUGAACAUUGUGAAUAUUCUGCUAUUACAGCAAGUAAACUUAAGAAACAUAUCGAAAACAAACAUGAAGGAGUGAGAUAUUCCUGCAAUCAGUGUGAAUACGCUGCCACCACCACAUCUGAUCUAACGAAACAUAUUGAACGUAAACAUAAAGGAAUGAGAUAUCCAUGUGACCAAUGUAAAUACACGGCCUCAACAGCUGGAGAUCUUAAUAAACAUUUCAGACAUAAACAUGAAGGAGUAAGAUAUCCCUGUGACCAGUGUGAACAUGCUGCUAUUACGGAAAGUAGUCUAAAGAAACACGUUGAAAAUAAACAUGAAGGAGUAAGAUAUCCCUGUGCCCAGUGUAAAUACGCUGCCACUACAGCAGCUCAUCUGAAGAAACACAUUGAAAAUAAACAUGAAGGAGUGCGAUAUCCUUGUGACCAGUGUGAUUAUGCCGCUACUGAAGUGGGUAGCCUGAGGAGACAUAUUAGAAGUAAACAUGACCUACUGCAACAACUGAUCUGAAGAAACGUAUUGAAAAUGAACAAGAAGUCGAGUGAAACGAAACAUCCAAGUGACCAGUGUGUGUACGCUGCUCCCUCAUACAAGUAAUCUAAAGAGACAUAAAGAGAGUAAACACUAAACACACCAAUUGAGAACUCCAUGCUAUAAUUCACUUUUCACAGUAAACUGCUUUUGUUUUAAAAAUCAUAACUCUAUUUAUAUUUCCAUUGAACACGUAGGCCAUUUUAAAUUCAUUCUCAACAACUUUCUUUAAAGUUGAAUCUUAACAUUCUGUCGUUUUAUGAUUUUUCUCUAAUGUCCUUUUUUGUCUGAAAACAUUAUGUGUUUGGUUAAUAUCAAACAGUUUCUUGUUAAUUUGUGGAUUCAUUAAAAUUUCAAAAUAGUUGUUAAACCCAACCAUCUACAAGCAAUCCAAAGAGCCAUAUGGCAGGUCCUUUAAAUAAUGUGGUUCAGUAAGUUCUGCCAAUUCUGUAUGUGUAAUAGAAAAACUGUUCUGGCACUGGUUGAUAAACGCUUUUCUGGUAAAUUUAGCUUUUAAGAAAACAUUUUAAACGUAUAAUUUCAAUUUAUUUUAAAAUGAAACUAUUAAAGAUGCGACGCAAGAAAUAAAGUUGGAAGAGUUUGAGAUGAAAGAAGAAACAGUUUCCAUCAAGGAAGAACUUCUUCCAGUUUCUACUGUAGAAGAUAUUUGUACAGUUUAUGUACAGGGAACAGGUUCUACUUUAGAAAAUACUUGUACAGUAUAUGUACAUGGUGUAGGUUCUACUGUAGAAGUUACUUGUAUAGUUUAUGUACAGAGGGAGAGCAUCAAAAGAGAAAGAAUAGAAAUGAUAAUCAAAGUAAGAAUAAGUUUUUUUGCUGUGAAACAAAACUUAUUCUUUCAAAAUAAUGAUUUGUAACACCAAAAUAUGAAUAAUAUUGUCAAUAAUUUUAAAACUGUAUAUUGCAACUAAGA